AACCUGCGCAGGCGCGCCGGGCAUCGCCUUCAGCGAUCUGCCGGCUGCGACGAUGGCGGCCCGACUGAGGUGACUGAACGGUGAGAGCCCCGGCCGGAGAUGCACUGCGCCUCACCACCCGCACCCUUAUCACCCCUGCACAGAUACAGGUAUAUCUAUCGCCAUUCUUCGCAUUGUGAUUAGAAUUUUGAACCCACUCUCGUCUGAAAACAACAUGGACGAAUUAUAGAAAACCUCACCCUGCACUACAAGUUCCUAAUGGAUACAAGCAAAAUCAGAGAGACAUUGUUUCGGAAAUAUGUACAGAUUUGUGAAUUGAAAUUGAGUGAAAAAGAUCCCUUGUUGGACGAUGCAAGCCUUAAGAAGAUGGCUACGUCCUUACUUGAUUCAUAUCGCCAAGAACCGUUUGAAAUAUUUAAGUCAUUCAGAUUUUAUGAUAUUGUGGAGAAUUCCUUGAAGACGCUCAGAACAUCAAGUUUAAGUGCAAUUCUUACUGCCUUUGGAAUUCUGGAGACUUUCUGCGUUAACCUCUUUCUCUAUCCCUGGAAAAAGGAAUUUAAAACAAUAAAGACUUUUACAGGGCAUUUUGUCUACUAUAUCAAAUCUGCAAUGUGUGAAGAUGAUGUCUGGAAUAUCUUAUCUUUCAUCGGGUAUCACUAUGAAAAGGAAACCUAUGAACUGAAAAACAAAGUAAACACUAAUCAUGUGAAAUUCAUUUCUUUUGAGCUUUUCUUGGCUGGAAUUGAGUGUGAGAAUUUACUUGAAAUCUAUUCGCAAAUUAAAGUUAAGGGUUAUUCGGAGUUUAACGUAGUGCAAGAACGAAAGAAGAGCACAGAUGUGAAAGGUUGCAUCGAUGCCAUGAAAAGACAGCGAAGAUCAACAGAAGGCUUGCAUACGUCAGUGGCUCAAAUGGACUUCCGCCGAUCAGACAGUGACCGGUUAGCAAAUAGUUUUGUGAAACACUUGAUGUACAAACCUUCAGCUGGAGAGAGUGAUGACACUUACUUAGAAAAGCAGUUGAAUAAAGUUCAUCUAACUCCUGCACAUCAUAAAAGGGAAGCAGUUUAUGGCUCUUAUGAGGACUUAAAUGAUGAGAUUUUUCGUCCUACACCAUCACUUCUUGCCAUGUCAAGUUCCCCGCGUGGAGGGUCAGAGAAAUACUUGCAGUCUCCCAAUGGUAGCUGGAGAGCAGAAAGCAACCUCAACACUUCUUUCCAUGCAGUUGAUGAUGAUUUGGAUCUUUACACAGCUGAAGUUCCUCGAAGCACUUUAUCACAAAGAUGGACAGAAGCACCAAACAGUCACAGUACAAGAUUGACAAAAAGUAAUGAAGUAAGAGUUAUGUACCAUGAAACUCCACGUACUACCAAAGAAAGUGUGUCAGGUUUCAGUGCAGUGAAGUGCCAAGUGUGUGGAAUAUCAAGUGGAACGUCAAGUUGCCAAAAAUGUGACAAUGUUCUUUGCAACCAAUGCCCUUGUAGACAUGAAUAUCCAAGAGCAGUGAGUAUCUUAACACGUUCUUCAUCUGUUCAAAAUGAUCUGUCUGCAAGUUCAUCUCCGAAAGAGAAAUGUGCAUACACUACCGCACCACAGUAUCAAGAGUACUUGCCCAGUUCCAAGAGCACCAACAUAAUGCGCUGUGGAUUCUGUGAUAAACCUGGUGCAAAGUUCACCUGUGUGAACUGUUCUAAGGUCUCCUGCGGCGAUUGUAAAAGUGAUUAUCAUUUGGAUUUCUGUGGCAAGAAUAAGUCGCAUAAUUUCUUUCCAAACAACCAGCUCAAUUUCAAAUCUAGUAAAAAUUAUACUGUAUACAGAUAGAUUGUAUAAUGUGGAAUAAUGAUGCAUAAUCAGCCCUAGAAAAAUCUGAGCGAGGAAUUUUUUGAAAGCUAGCAGAUUGUAGAAAGAAAAUUCUCAUACAAUUGCUCACUGUGAUCUGUUGUACUACAAUAUGCACCUUGAGGUAUUUAAAUUGCUGCUAUAUUUUUCAAGGGCUGGUGUAAGCACAUUAAAAGCUGCUUUGAUCUAUAAUUCAUACCAGAGAUACAGGUGCUUUCAAAACUUUGAGCAACCAUAUUUGUAACUACAAGUAAAUGGGACGGUUUGCAACAGUUAAAGGAGGAUUUAACGUAAAGUUGUCAAAUGUUUAUAUAAACUAGCCUUGGUAUUGAUGUGCAAUUUUCCUCUCGCCUUUUUCUAAUGUGAUUGUGUUUCAUAAUUAUUUUUUACUUACAAUAGGUGAGCAAGUGUGUGAAGGAAACUCCAAUCGCUUUUGACUUAUCCAUGCAAUUUUUUUUUUGUUGAUGACUUAAAAUAAUUUUAUGAUUGCUUGUAUGAAUAAAACACUGCACCUGUAAAUGCUAAA